CCUCUCCGUCCCGGCCGCAGGGUCUCUUAACCAUCCCUGCAAAGUAGUAGGCUCAGAAUUUGUAACUAAGGCUGAUAACUCUACCUUGACUCUGUUGUGCCCCUGGCUGCAGCAGCCCUACACAUAAUGUCCUUGCGGCUCUAGCAUGAGACUUCAAGCAGUUGGCUCAUCACUAGAGAAAUAAAGGAUAUUGCCAGAUUGACUGUCCUGCAAUGGCAGCCCCAAGCAAGAGGAUGACCAGUUCUUCACGCUCCCAAGUCUUUCUAAUGUGGAAGCCAGACAAGGCUCAGAGUGGACCCAACAACGCAGAAAAGGAAACCCUUGCUUCAAGACUUCUGCGUGACACUGAGACCUGUCGACAGAAUUUUAGGAAUUUUCCAUACCCAGACUUGGCUGGUCCUCGAAAAGCAUUGAAUCAACUCCGAGAGCUCUGCCUGAAGUGGCUGAGACCCGAGAUUCACUCAAAGGAACAAAUCCUGGACCUGCUGGUGCUGGAGCAAUUCCUGACCAUCCUGCCAGGGGAGGUUAGGACUUGGGUGAAGUCCCAGUACCCGGAGAGCAGCGAGCAAGUAGUGACUCUGGUGGAGGAUUUGACUCAGAUUCUAGAAGAUGAAGCUGCUCCUCCGAACUCUGCCUUUUCCCAAGAGAUCCCAGAGGAAGAUCCCAAAGGAAGACAUGCCUUCCAGGCUGGGUGGCUAAAUGACUUGGUGACCAAAGAAUCAAUGACAUUCAGAGAUGUGGCUGUGGAUAUCACCCAGGAGGACUGGGAGCUAAUGCGUCCUGUACAGAAGGAAUUGUACAAGACUGUCACAUUACAGAACUAUUGGAACAUGGUUUCUCUAGGACUUACAGUGUACAGACCAACUGUGAUUCCUAUAUUGGAAGAACCAUGGAUGGUGAUGAAGGAAGUCUUAGAAGGCCCUACUCCAGGAUGGGAAACAGAAGCCCAAGAUUGUAAUCCAGUUAAAAAUAUUCCUGGGUACACAACAGAUGGAACCCAGACCAUCAAAUUGGAAGAACCUUAUGACUAUGGUGACAGAUUAGAGAGGCAAACACCAGAUACCUUCAUGAAAAUUCCCACUAAUGAAAGGAAUUUCAGUUUGAAGUCAGUUUUUUCACAAGAAGAUGAUCCUACAGGAGAGUAUCUUAGUAAAUAUGAUAUAUAUGGAAAUCAUUUUGAAAAACAUUCAAACCUAAUUAUACAGUUUGAUACCCAUUCAGAUAAUAAGACAUAUACAUAUGACGAAAGCAUGGCAACCUUCAAUCAUAUCUCAUAUGGUAUUGUACACAGGAAAUUUUAUCCUGGAGAAAAGCCUUAUAAAUGUAAUGUGUGUGGGAAAAAGUUUAGGAAAUACCCAUCCUACGUGAAACACCAAAGCACCCAUACCAAAGAGAAAUCUUAUGAAUGUGAAGAAUGUGGGAAAGAGUUUAGGCACCUCUCAUCCCUUAUUGCACAUCAGAGAAUGCAUACUGGAGAAAAACCAUAUGAAUGCCACCAGUGUGGUAAAGCCUUCAGCCAGCGAGCACACCUUACUAUACAUCAGAGAAUUCAUACCGGAGAGAAACCAUAUAAGUGUGAUGACUGUGGGAAAGACUUUAGUCAGCGUGCACACCUUACUAUACAUCAAAGGACACAUACUGGAGAGAAACCAUAUAAAUGCUUGGAGUGCGGUAAAACCUUCAGCCACAGUUCAUCACUGAUUAAUCAUCAGAGAGUUCAUACUGGAGAAAAACCUUAUAUAUGCAACGAAUGUGGGAAAACUUUCAGUCAGAGUACACACCUUCUUCAACAUCAAAAAAUACAUACUGGAAAGAAACCGUAUAAAUGCAAUGAGUGUUGGAAAGUAUUUAGUCAGAGUACUUACCUUAUUCGACAUCAAAGAAUUCAUUCUGGAGAGAAGUGUUAUAAAUGUAAUGAAUGUGGAAAAGCCUUUGCUCAUUCCUCAACUCUUAUUCAACAUCAAACUACUCACACUGGAGAGAAAGCCUAUAUAUGUAAAAUAUGUGGGAAAGCCUUCAGCCAGAGUGCAAACCUUACUCAACAUCAUAGAACACAUACUGGAGAGAAACCAUAUAAAUGCACUGUGUGUGGGAAAGCAUUCAGCCAGAGUGUACACCUUACUCAACAUCAUAGGAUUCAUAAUGGAGAAAAACCCUUUAAAUGCAACAUAUGUGGGAAAGCAUAUAGACAGGGUGCAAACCUUACUCAACAUCAAAGAAUUCAUACUGGAGAGAAACCCUAUAAAUGUAAUGUAUGUGGGAAAGCUUUUAUUUAUUCCUCAUCACUUAAUCAACAUCAUAGAACUCAUACUGGAGAAAGACCUUAUAAAUGUAAUGAAUGUGAUAAAGAUUUUAGCCAGAGAACAUGCCUUAUUCAACACCAGAGAAUUCACACAGGAGAGAAGCCCUAUGCAUGCCGUAUAUGUGGUAAAACCUUCACUCAGAGUACAAACCUUAUUCAGCAUCAGCGUGUUCAUACAGGUACCAAACAUCGUAAUUAAUGGAUAUGAAGACUUUAGGUGUUACAACUUAAUUAUUUAAAUUUCAUUUUGUACUCUCUCUCUGUGUUAACACAUUCAGAAGAAGUGCAAUAUAUGUUAGAUACCACUGAGCAGAAGUAUCAAUUGGUACUGUGGAUAUAAUCUAUUUAAAUUUAAUGUGAAAUUUGAGAAGAAAACUUCACUUCUUUUUUAAUUAAUUUUUUAGAG